AGGAGCACAAGCCUUCCAGCGGAUGAAAACCAUCCUUAGCACUGGGGUGACGAGAGAGGUGGAGAGAGGAAUGUUUGAAAGAGCUGAGGAGAGCAUGAAAGGGCACCUCCAGGACAUGCAGAAGCAGAUCCCCAGGAAGCUGGAGGAGGACUUUUCCAGCGCUCUCGGCGUGGUCUUUUGCCCGUGGGACCAGCUGGACGGCAAGCUGCCAGACUUGCAGAGAGAAUUUUUCACCAUCAUCAACAUUCACAAGGCCCUGCAAUCAGCCAAAGUCGCUUAGAGAGCCGCGGGAAUUGUCUCCGACGAUGUGGUUUUAUUAUUCACGUUGGUGGCUUGUUCUUGUAAUAAAUGGCAAAGUCCCAAAUAGGGUUACAA